AUGUCGUCCUUUGGCGCAGUCAUGCCCACCGCGGCACGCGGAAUUCUAUCAUCAUGCCGUCUAUCACUCCGGGAGAAGGCCAUUGCCCCGGCUUUCUUAGGCAUUCAACAGGUCCGAGGCUUCAAAGACCAGAAGAAGGGUAAGGGCAAGGGAAAGAGCCAGCCCAAGACAGACCGCAAGGGAGCUCGAGAGUUCCAGCAGAAGAAUCUGAAGGAUAUGGAGCGGUUCGCGCUAUGUGAUGCGAUGCGCUUUAUCCGGGCAACUGAAGUUGGUCGCGAGCCUACGGUUUCGAAAUACGAAAUUCACAUCCGUCUUCGAACAAGAAAAGAUGGCCCUGUCAUCCGAAACAUGAUCCGAUUCCCUCACGCCGUUCAAACCGAAUCCCGAAUCUGUGUCAUUUGUCCUCCCGGAUCAAAGCAGGCAAAGGAGGCCCUUGCUGCGGGUGCUGUCCUUGUUGGAGAGGAUGAGGUGUUCGAGGCUGUCAAGGCAGGAAAGAUUGAGUUUGACCGGUGUCUUGCUCACCCAGACAGUUUGCCGGCGCUGAACAAGGCCGCACUGGGACGAAUCCUCGGUCCCCGUGGUCUUAUGCCUAGCGUGAAGACUGGUACCGUGGUUGAUGAUGUCGCAUCUCGUGUUGAGAUGCUUCGCGGUGGUACCGUCUACCGUGAGCGUGACGCUGUUAUUCGUCUUCCCAUUGGGCAAUUGGGAUUCUCGCCUGAGCAGUUGCGGGACAACCUGCGCACAACGAUUGAGCAGGUCAAGAAGGAUGCUGCUGCGCUCAAUGACCGUGUCAACAAGGAGGUCUACGAAGUGGUUCUGAGCUCAACCCACGGCCCCGGCUUCAGCCUGAACGGAGAGUUCACAACCGAUGACUCUCCUCCAACCUCUGCCUUGACUGGCGUGUAA